CGUUGAACGGGCGGGUGAUAUGGGGCUCUCUAGUGUCUGGUUCCAUUGAUCGUGGAAGGCGGCUCAGAAGCCAAGUAAAACAUUGUUCUAACACUGUUCUAGGGAGUAGAAUGACUAGCUAAGACCUAAUGAGGUAGCUUCUUUAGUUAUUGCUAUAAAACUAAUUAAGUUAAGAUGGGUGAAAGACUCAACCUAGAUGCGCCGAGAUGGGACCAAUCAACAUUCAGUGGGAGAUUCAAGCACUUUUUUGCUAUUACUGAUUGGACAAAAGGCUUCAAGACUAAUAAAGAACUUGACGAUGCAAAACAAAUAGUUGAAGAUUACAAACAAGGCAAAGAAAGGCCUGGACUCUCUGUUGAAGAUAUAUGGAAUGCUAAACACUUGACUGACUCUGYAUUCCACCCAGAUAGUGGUGAAAGAAUGAAUGUUAUUGGGCGCAUGACGUUUCAGGUGCCUGGGGGAAUGGCUAUAACUGGUGCAAUGCUCCAGUGGUAUAGAACAGUCCCAGCUGUGGUGUUUUGGCAGUGGGUCAACCAGUCUUUCAAUGCUCUAGUUAACUAUACCAACAGAAAUGCAAAGUCUGAGAUUACUGGAAAGCAAAUAGGCAUUGCAUAUGUGUCAGCCACUACCAGUGCUGUUGCUGCAUCUGUGGGACUCAAUAGCCUAAUAAAGACAGCGCCACCAAUCAUAGCUCGUUAUGUUCCAUUUGUUGCUGUUGCAGCUGCUAAUUGUGUCAAUAUUCCUUUGAUGAGACAAAGGGAGUUAAUUAAUGGGAUUAUGGUGUUUGACAAGGAUGGAAAUCCUAUUGGUCAAUCAAAAAAGGCUGCUAAAAAAGGCAUAGCGCAGGUUGUUAUAUCAAGAAUAGCCAUGGCAGCUCCAGGAAUGACAAUCCUUCCCAUUAUCAUGGAAAAGUUGGAAAGAUAUCACUUCAUGCAGAGGAUUCGUUUUCUACAUGGACCAUUUCAGAUGUUAAUGGUUGGGGCUAGUUUGACGUUUAUGGUGCCAGUUGCUUGCUCAAUCUUCCCACAAAGAUGUUCAUUGAAGGUUCAACAUCUAGAGCCAGAACUUCAAGAGAAAAUAAGAAGGAUGGGAGGACCAGCCAUUGAUAAGGUGUACUUCAACAAGGGACUAUAAUUAUACUGUAAUCAAUCUGUCUUGGGUGUACAGACCAGCAGCAGAUUCAAAUCAAUUGCCAAUAAGUAUGCUAAUGAAAAUAAAAUGAGUGGAAUAUUGCAUCA